AGAGGCUAAAUUGCUAAAAGUAGUUUGAACUUCGAAACCAUGAAAAAAUCUGUGGUGCGUUUAGAAAGUAGCUCUAGCUCUUUCCGUUCUAGCUCGGUGCUAAAGCUUCCUAGAAGGAUAAGGAUUGUACUUGAAAAGAGUUUAUUGGUUGCCAAAUCCAAGAUAAGGUUAAGACAUUUUAGCAGAGAAAAAGCCAACAUGUCGCCAGUGCUUGAGGCCUCACGUGUCGAGGUUGUGGAGCCACCAAAGACCUCGGUGCUAAAAGACGAUGGGAUUCCAGGUGCCCUCGUGACGGAACACUCCCGGUACGAUAUCCUUGUUGACGAGGGAAUUAUCGGAAGUGGGCGGUUCACGAAGGUUCGGGUUUGCAGGAGCGCCACGCUUCAAAAAAGCUUCGCGUUGAAAAUCUACGAUCGCCGGGUGGCCAGUGAAGUGCAGAUGCCGUACUGGGGUAAAAAGGGCACCUGCUCGACAGAUGUGUCACUCGCAGACCGAGCGCGCUACGAAGUCAAAGUGAUGAAGCGACUAUUGCAGGGCGAGCAGGUCUCUUCGUCGGGAUUUGGAGCCUCUGCCAGCAGUAGCGCAGGCAUGGCGAACAUAGCAAGACUUGUCGAGGUAUUCUUCACUGAUUAAUAUUUUUACAGCUGAGAAAUUCAUGCAGAUUACGCUUUGAGAAAGAGAAACGAAGUGAAACUCAAAUUCGACAUAGCUUCCAAGACCAAGGCUGACGGCAGGAACCUAGUGCAUACAAUUACCUUGUAACGAGUCGUCUGGACAUGAUCUUGAAGAAAAAUAUCGAUCACUGCUGCACACAAAGCGGAGAAUAAGAUCAUACUUGUGAAUCAAAGAUGAUGACAACCGUUAGAAUCUGCUUACCAAGUCCGAAAGGCAACUUUGUGAGGAGACAACUAUCUCAUCGCCAGAACUGAUUUGCUAUUUCUCAAGCCAAGAUCGUACACGACCAGAAGAUCCUCCCUAGAUACCUGUAUGUGUCAUGAUGACACCCGUUAGAAUCUGCUUACCAAGUCCGAAAGGCAACUUAGUGAGGAGACAACUAUCUCAUCGCCAGAACUGAACUUUGCGCAUCGAGAUCGAAGAUGAAGUGUUUGAGCUCUUAUGCCUUGCCAUCAAUACAAAGACGUCAGCCACCACGCUUCGCAGAACAUUCAAAACUGAAUACAAAAUUACUAUUUCUGUCAGGUCAUCGACGAUCCAGCGUGCAGUAGCUUCUACCACGUCUUCGAGCUUGUGCGCAACGGCCCAUUGCUGGACUUUUGCAAUUCGAGGAAGCGGUGGAUCGUGCCCAAGGAAGCCGUCCGGGACUUCGACAAGCAGAAGCCGGGAAAAGACGAAUUCUACCGGUACAGCGCGGCCACGACGCUCUUCGCGCUGCACGCAAUGCAAUCCGGCGUGAAGUACCUGCACUUGAACGGGGUGAUGCACAAGGACCUGGCGCCGCAGAACAUCCUCGUACACGGACAAUUUGAUUUCAUCAUGGACUUGUUUCUCACAAAGGCUAAAGACGACGAGAAGGUGCUGCAAAAACUUUUCUUCGAGUACGAAUCGCCGUCCGCAGCGACGUUGGCGAGCGUCUCGAUUAAAAUCUGCGACUUCAAUAGCUGUGAGAUGCUUGAGAAGCCCGAAGACGAUCAAAUCUGGAGUGCGGAGGGCACCAUGGCCUUCCGCCCGCCCGAGGCGUUCGGACCAGACGUCACGGAACUCGGUAUGUCUGGCCGGGCGCGGGACAUGUGGUCGGUCGGUGUUGUGUUUUUUCUGCUCAUCUUCGCGUCUCUUCCCUUCGACAAUGACUUCGCCGCGGCGUUCGCCAUGCAGUUGCGCAUCAUGAACUACAACGGGAACAUCGACAGCAUGCUACUCGCCUGGUUCAAGAACUACCUGGCAUCAAAUGGUAGCGGUCUGGCAAGUAGCAGCACGACCACAUCCGACGCGGAAGAUAGCGAGACGACUUCUGCAGCGGAAGGAAACAUGUUGGGAGCAGAGGAAGUGUCGAGAACAGGUACGAAAAAAGUGUUUUUGCGCAAUUGUCUUACGACUUUGCUAGAAAAAGACCCAGAAAAACGAGCAUGGGCAAGCAUUGACGUUCUGGCAUCAUGAACAUGAGCGAUUAGUGACAUGAAAGCGGUUCGAGUGCAUGUCCAGCACAAUAUCGAUAGCGCAUUUAAACAUUCGCACCUAUGAACAGACACUGCUUGUGUGGCGUGUCUUACAUGACCGCAUUACACAAUUCACGUGGAAAGGAACUGGCACGAGCCGACAGAGGCGGAGCAAAAGGCAGA